AUCAGUGAACUGCACAGAGACUUGUCGUUCCCACCUUUGAAGAGAGGGGCUGAAAGAAUGAAGUAAACUGAGGCCACAGCUUGGACCCCAGUGGGAGAAAAAUUGCAUCAAGGGAAGAUGGACAAGUUUCGGAUGAUCUUCCAGUUUCUCCAGUCCAACCAGGAGUCCUUCAUGAAUGGCAUCUGUGGGAUCAUGGCCCUAGCCAGCACCCAGAUAUAUUCAGCCUUUGAUUUCAACUGCCCCUGCCUGCCACGCUACAACCUGGCCUAUGGGCUGGGCAUCCUCCUGGUGCCCCCCUUCAUCUUGUUCCUGCUGGGCUUUGUGCUGAACAACAACGUCUCCAUGCUGGCGGAGGAGUGGAGGCGGCCCCAGGGCCAGAGAGGGAAGGACCCGGCCGUCCUGCGCUACAUGUUCUGCUCCAUGGCGCAGCGGGCCAUGAUCGCCCCCGUGGUCUGGGUCUCGGUGACACUGCUAGAUGGCAAGUGCAUCACUUGUGCCUUCUGCACCUCGGUGCCCGUGGAGACCCUGGGCAAUGCCAGCCACCCCAGCCUCUCCCAAGGGGACGUGAAGCGGGUCCUUGCCCGUAUUCCCUGCAAGGAGAUCUAUGAUGGACAGGAGCUCAUCGCCAAUGAAGUGGCUGUCAGGUACCUGCGCUGCAUCUCGCAGGCUCUGGGCUGGUGCUUUGUGCUGCUGAUGACCAUGCUGGCUUUCUUGGUCAGAUCCCUCCGGCCCUGCUUCACCCAAGCCGCCUUCCUGAAGAGCAGGUACUGGUCCCACUACAUCGACAUUGAGCGGAAGCUGUUUGAUGAGACAUGCACGGAGCAUGCCAGGAGCUUUGCCAAGGUCUGCAUCCAGCAGUUCUUCGAGGGCAUGAGCACGGACCUGGUGGCUGCUCGCUGCCACCUGCCCAGGAAAGCCCCUGAAGAUGCAGGGGAAGCCACUGAGAAGCUCUUGGGCAUCACCGACUGGGACACCAUGAACAUGGCCCUGAAGAGCUGGCACCGAUGCAAGCCCCCGCUGCACCUCCACCCGCCUGCCCUCCCCAGCGGCAAUGGCUGGGCAGGAGAAGGGGAACACCCAAUGCACCCCCCUGUGCCCCGAAGGGAGGUGGCUGCCUACUACAGCUGGGUGUGAGAGGGCACAGUGCUGUGCACAAGCAGAGCCACACUUCUGGGAGAGGGGCUGCAGAGGGUGGGCAGGCAGCCAUCUGAGUCAGGCAGAGGUGAGGGACAGCACCAUGGUAGGCUCAGGGGGGCACCCAAAAGGCUUAGCAGUGCCAGUACAAACCCAUCUGCUCUCACAUCCAAUUUUACAGCAUUAGUAAUGCAGGCAACAAGCUUUGUGCCGAGCAGGAUGGCUACUCAGUGUCAUGUUGGAUGAGGCCCUUGGAUGCUAAAGGGCACAGUGUGGCAGGUGGACAGGCCUGUUGUGUGUCCCACACCACCAAGCACCAGGUUUGUGUUGUGGUGGUUGCAAAAGCAGGCACUACCAGAUCUGCAAAACUUCCUUCCUUUUACUUUGUGCUCAGCACUGGGCAGUGCUGUGGGUUUAGGCAGUAUUAAAACUCCCCUGGUGGGGAAACAAGCUGGCGGUGCCCCUGUCUCACACCAAGCUGUGAAACCCCAAAACUCUUCCCAUUGCCCUCCACACAUGGCAUCCCCAGAGACACACACAGCUUCCAGGCCAAGGAAAGCUUUAAAAUACAUUUGACCCAAGAAACACGCUAGUGAUGGGACACCCCAUAUUGCAUUACACGCGACAGGAAUGGUGCGGUUGGUGUC